AUGUCCCUGCCGGGGAGCCGACGCGCGUCCACCGGAUCCCGAAGUCGCGGGGUUUAUGGACAGAGUGGCUUUGCCUCCUUCUUUAAGUCUUCAGCGCCCUCAGCCACUCGGCCUGAGACACAGCCUCUUCUCCCUGCCUCCAGGCGCCCCUCGCCCCCCGGGAGGGACACCUACGGCACCUCCUCGCUGAGCAGCAGCAGCAAUUCUGGCUCCUGCAAGGGCAGCGACAGCAGCCCCACCCCAAGGCGCUCGGCCAAGUACAACCUCUGCAGUGACAACCAUGGGAUAAAGCCACCGACACCGGAGCAGUACCUGACCCCACUGCAGCAGAAGGAGGUGUGCAUCCGGCACCUGAAAGCACGCCUGAAGGACACGCAGGAGCGGCUGCAGGACAGGGAUGCUGAGAUCGAGGACCUGAAGACGCAGCUCUCACGGAUGCAGGAGGACUGGAUCGAGGAGGAAUGCCACCGCGUGGAGGCCCAGCUGGCGCUGAAGGAGGCCCGCAAGGAGAUCAAGCAGCUCAAGCAGGUCAUCGACACGGUGAAGAACAACCUGCUGGAGAAGGACAAAGGGCUCCAGAAGUACUUUGUGGACAUCAACAUCCAGAACAAGAAGCUGGAGACGCUGCUGCACAGCAUGGAGGUGGCACAGAACGGUGCCCUGAAGGAGGAGGGGGCCGGCGAGUCAGCCGGGGGGUCCCCGGCACGGUCCCUCACCCGCAGCUCCACAUACACCAAGCUGAGCGACCAGGGGGCCGGGGACCGCAAUGUGGGGGGCUCACAAACCAUCUCAGUGGAUGAGGGGGCCGACAGCGGCUUCAUGGGCAUGGAGGAUGCUCCGGGACACACGGACCCGCUGGAGAUGGGGGCUGAGCCCGGCCCCCGCCUGCCCCCCAGCUCCACCUAUGAGAAGCUGCUGCGGGGCAGCGUGGAGGCCGGGGUGCAGGCCAGCUGCAUGCAGGAACGGGCCAUCCAGACGGACUUCGUGCCCUGCCAGCCCGACCUGGACACCAUCCUGGAGAAGGUGAUGAAGUCCCAAGCCUGCAGCUUGGGCAGCCCCACCUCGGCCUGGGUGUCCGAGAUGGAAGACACGCUGCCCGUCCCCGAGCUCUCCAACCCCAGCACGGACCUGCCGGUGGCCGAGCCCGACGCCGCGGUGAUGGGUGCGGGUGGUGAGGGGGGACCCGUCCCCUGCUCCAACCCGGCCGUGCGGCAGCCGCCCAGCGCCUCGGUGGCCAUAUCCUGCACUGCAGAGGAGGAGGCUCCGGAGGGUCCCGGCUGCGAGGGGCCCCCGUCCAAGAGCUACUGGAGCCGGCACUUCAUCGUGGAUCUGCUGGCGGUGGUGGUGCCGGCCGUGCCCACCGUGGCCUGGCUGUGCCGCUCGCAGCGCCGGCAGGGCCAGCCCAUCUACAACAUCAGCUCCCUGCUGCGUGGCUGCUGCACUGUGGCCCUGCACUCCAUCCGCAGGAUGGGCUGUCGCCCCGUCGCCAACCCCGGGGGCAGCACCCAGCCAUGA